CAUUACAACAUAUUCCACAAAACUCAUCUUUUCAAGUCAGAUGAAAACGUUUUAACAGAUCACGCCACAGCUGAACCUGCAUAUGACUACCACCACCAUACCACCCACGCCAAGGCGAAGAAUCAAUUGAACUCUGGAGAAGAGGUGAAUAAUGAUAGUGAAGGGCAAAAGGUGAAGAAUCAAGAUUCAUGUCUAUAUGUACAGAGAAUGAUAGUGAAGGAAAAGAGGAAUCUAGAAAUAUUUGGAAAUCAAGAUUUGUGAGUCUCAUCCUUCAACUGUCUCACGCUAUGCGUGGUUUCAAUCUCAAAGACCGUUGUAAGACUACUCAAGUCCAUGCUUACAACACUAACCCUUUUCCUAUUUCCCCAACUUCCAAGCUCCAGUACCCUACAAUCAACUCCAUUUUGGCUGAAUCUCCUCCUGUUGAGUCUUUUCUUCCCUAUGGCCUUCCUAAAACCCAUUCUUUUGAGCCCCCAGUUGAGCUUUGUCUCAAAUCUGUUGAUUUUGUUGAAUCUUUAGCUGAGCUUUAUCGCAAACUUCAGAUGACACAAGAUUUUAAUAAAUCUUUGCUUCAUUUAGAGCAGUAUGCUCUGUUGUACAGCCUUGGUGAUCCAAAGUUAUUGCGUAGGUGUCUUCAGUCGGCUCGUCAACAUGCGGUUGAUGUGCAUUCCAAGGUGGUUUUGUCAGCUUGGUUGAGGUUUGAGAGGAGAGAGGAUGAGUUGGUAGGAUCAUCAGCUUUCGAUUGUAUUGGAAGAGUUCUUGAAUGCCCCAAGACUGCUUUGUUACAUGGGUAUGCUCCCAAAUCAGUUUUUGAUCAUUGCCAAUCUCAUGGACCACCUAAUGAGAUCUCAGAUGGGAAUAAUUUUCUCAGCUCAGAAAAGGAUGGGGGGAUAGUUCACUUCUGCAUAGGCAAUGAGGAAGUCAACUGUAUUCGAGGUAGAAUUGCAGCUCUGUCUGGUCCAUUAAAAUCAAUGUUGUAUGGUGAUUUCAUUGAGUCUGAUAAGGAAAGAAUUGAUUUUACACACAUUGGCCUAUCUGUGGAUGGAAUGAGAGCUGUAGAUUCCUUUAGUAGGACUAGAAGAUUUGAUUCCUACCCACCCAACAUACUUCUAGAGCUUCUUUCAUUUGCAAACAGAUUCUGUUGUGAGGAAUUGAAGUCUGCUUCUGAUUGUUACUUGGCGUCUUUGGUUUCUGAUAUUGAUGAUGCAUUGAUUCUUAUUGAUUAUGCUCUGGAUGAGAGAGCACCUCUGCUUGUGGCGUCUUGCUUGCAGCUAAUGCUAAGAGAGCUUCCAGGUUAUUUGUAUAAUCCAAAAGUUCUCAACACAUUUUGCAGCUCUGAGGCUAGGGAGAGACUUGCCACAGUUGGGCAAGCUUCUUUCCUGUUAUAUUAUUUCCUUAGCCAGGUAGCAAUAGAAGAUAACAUGAUGUCCAAAGUUACGGUUAUGUUGUUGGAGAGAUUGAAGGAGUGCGCUAGUGAAAGAUGGCAAAAGGCUUUAGCUAUGCAUCAACUUGGAUGUGUGUUGCUUGAAAGGAAGGAUUACAACGAAGCUCAACAUUAUUUUGAGAUGGCAAUUGAGGCUGGUCAUGUUUAUUCAGUAGUAGGUGUUGCACGGACUAAAUUCAAGCAAGGGCAGAGGUUUUUGGCUUUUGAGCUAAUUAAUGGUAUUAUUUCAGAGUAUACACCUACGGGGUGGAUGUACCAAGAGAGGUCUUUGUACAGCUUAGGCAAACAAAAGAUUUUGGAUGUUAAUGAUGCCACCAGAUUGGAUCCCACCCUUUCUUUUCCAUACCAAUAUAGAGCCAUUGUGAUGGUAGAAAAGAGCCAGAUUGAGGCUGCUAUUGUGGAGAUAAAUAGAAUUGUUGGUUUUAAGGUCUCUCCAGACUGCCUUGAACUGCGGGCUUGGUGUUUUAUUGCACUUGAGGAUUAUCAAUCUACUAUAAGAGAUAUCCGAGCAUUGUUGACUCUAGAGCCAAACUAUAUGAUGUUUCGUGGGAAAAUGAGGGCUGACCACCUGAUGGAGCUUCUCAGUCUGCACGUCCAGCCGUGGAGCCCUGCAGAUUGCUGGAUGCAACUCUACGAUCGAUGGUCAUCUGUUGAUGAUAUUGGUUCACUGGCUGUUAUACACCAGAUGCUCAUAAAUGAUCCUGGGAGGAGCAUUCUGCGAUUCAGACAAUCUCUGCUCCUAUUACGGUUAAAUUGUCAAAAAGCUGCAAUGCGCAGUUUGCGCCUGGCCCGGAAUCAUUCCACCUCCACAUAUGAAAGGCUUGUGUACGAAGGAUGGAUUUUAUAUGACACUGGACAUCGUGAAGAAGCACUUGCUAAGGCUGAGGAAUCUAUUUCUCUCCAAAGGUCAUUCGAAGCCUUUUUCCUUAAAGCGUAUGCUCUAGCAGAUACAACUCUGGAUUCUGAAUCUUCAUCUUAUGUCAUCCAACUGUUGGAGGAAGCACUUAAAUGUCCUUCAGAUGGUCUUCGCAAGGGACAAGCAUUAAAUAAUCUAGGAAGUAUUUACGUGGAUUGCAAUAGGCUGGACCUUGCUGCAGACUGCUAUGUCAGUGCCCUUGAGAUAAAGCAUACAAGAGCUCAUCAAGGGUUAGCUCGUGUAUAUCAUCUAAAGAAUGAUAGGAAAUCUGCUUAUGAGGAAAUGACUAAGCUGAUAGACAAGGCUCAGAACAAGGCAUCGGCUUAUGAAAAACGGUCAGAGUAUUGUGAUCGUGACAUGGCAAAUAGUGAUCUCAGCAUGGCGUCAGUAUUGGAUCCUUUAAGGACUUACCCUUAUAGAUACAGGGCUGCAGUGCUCAUGGAUGACCAGAGGGAGACCGAGGCUGUGGAGGAGCUCACAAGAGCCAUUUCUUUCAAACCUGACUUGCAAAUGCUUAAUCUUCGAGCAGCAUUCCAUGAGUCAAUGACUGAUUUCUCUCGUGCUCUCCAGGAUAGUGAAGCAGCCCUCUGCUUGGAUCCUAAUCAUAAGGACACCUUAGAUCUCUACAGUCGCACACGUCUGAAAAACACGUGAAGUACAUUGUGCCAUUCAAGAAAAAACGUCAACUGCUUCAGCAGAUAUAUUGCAUAACAUUCUUAUUGGUGACCUAGAUAACUGGGAAAUCAUUGAGGAAAGCAGAAAACUUGGAUUGGUGUACAUAUGAUUGAUGGACUGGUAAAAAGUCGGUUGUUGGAGGAGCAAAGCAGAUCAUUUUGCAAUUAGCAAAAUCAGCAGGCAUAGUCACGCUCAUACUACUUUGAAUUCUCAGUUUUUUAUCAUAACAUUAUACAACCUAGAAAGAGGUUAAGAAUCUCAUUUGUGAAAGUUCAAGAGGAACGUAUCUUUUCCUGGUUCUGCUAAGUGAUAAGAGUUGCUGGAAUGUGUACAAGUUGUCCGACUCUGUUGCUAUUGUGAAGUAUUACAAUUCUAGAUUCCUUGUAAUUAAGACCACAAUAGGCGAACAUCCCUGGAAUAUAUGGGCUUUGACGAGGUAAUGAAGAUAGUCAUCUCCACAACUUUGAUUACUA